AGAUAAAUUGGGUGAACACCUACCAUGCAAGGUGUGGGGAGAUUCUUGCUCCAUACUUGGAUGAAUCUGAGAGGGGUUGGCUGAAGAAAGCAACUGAACCAGUAUGCGCCUGACUUACCAGCGCCUAAAACUGAAAGCGAGUGGGUGUCCUAGAUCCGCCAUAGAUGUUAAGAAAACUUAUUGACGGAGUUAUUGAUUUGAUGAGCCGUAAUCGAAACCACCUCAACUCUUUUUCUGCUCAUCGAUUCAAGUCUUCUAUGGUUCCCAGGAAUCUAAAAGCUAUGAAAACAGCGAAGAUUUUUGGAGUUUCUCUUUCUCUCAUUCUUAUCAACAUGGCUGCUAUAAUGGAACGUGCUGAUGAAAACCUCCUUCCUUCUGUUUACAAAGAAGUUAGUGAAGCUUUCAAUGCUGGGCCAUCUGAUUUGGGUUAUCUGACAUUCAUAAGGAAUUUUGUUCAGGGACUGUCAUCACCCUUGGCAGGAGUUCUAGUAAUUAACCAUGAUCGCCCUACUAUUCUUGCACUGGGCACUUUUUGCUGGGCUUUAUCAACAGCUGCAGUUGGUGUCAGCCAGUAUUUUUUGCAAGUGGCAUUCUGGAGAGCAGUAAAUGGUUUUGGACUCGCACUUGUGAUACCAGUACUGCAGUCUUUCAUUGCUGAUAGCUAUAUGGAUGGUGUGAGGGGCACCGGAUUUGGACUGCUAAGCCUGAUUGGUACCUUGGGUGGCAUAGGAGGUGGUGUUCUGGCAACAUUAAUGGCUGGCCAGCAGUAUUGGGGCAUACCAGGAUGGCGUUGUGCCUUCAUCUUGAUGGCAGCAUUGAGUUCACUAAUUGGGUUUUCUGUUUUCGUAUUCGUCACAGACCCAAGGAAAGCAAUCAGUGUCAACCAUGCUUCUGGUGAGGAUUCUGAUAGGGAUUUGUUGAUUGAGAAAAGCAAAGCUAGUGCAUCAUCCAUCUGGUUGGAGUCCUGGGCGGCUACAAAGGCUGUUAUUAAAGUGAAAACGUUUCAGAUAAUUGUUUUGCAGGGGAUUGUCGGUUCUCUACCAUGGACUGCUAUGGUUUUCUUUACAAUGUGGUUUGAACUAAUUGGUUUUGAUCAUAACAGUACAGCUGCCCUCCUGAGUCUUUUUGCAAUUGGAUGUGCAAUGGGUUCCCUCGUCGGUGGAUUAAUAGCAGAUCGAUUAUCACAACUUUAUCCAUACAAAGGCCGCAUAAUGUGUGCGCAGUUCAGUGCUUUCAUGGGCAUUCCAUUCUCAUGGUUCCUUCUAAGAGUGAUCCCGCAGUCAGUAAGCAGCUAUUAUACAUUUGCCACAACUGUAUUUUUUAUGGGCCUGACAAUCAGCUGGAACGCGACUGCUGCAAAUGGACCCAUGUUUGCUGAAGUGGUGCCUGCUAAACACCGAACAAUGAUCUACGCGUUUGAUCGUGCUUUCGAAGGAUCAUUCUCUUCUUUUGCUGCUCCAUUAGUGGGAAUUCUUUCAGAGCAGAUGUUUGGGUAUGAUUCCAAGUCUAUUGAUCCAGUUAAAGGGUCAGAGCGCGAGGCAUUUGCAUUGUCUAAGGGCCUUCUUUCGAUGAUGGCAGUUCCAUUUGGUUUAUGUUGCUUGCUUUAUUCUCCACUAUAUAAACUUCUUAGGCAGGAUUGUGAAAAUGCUAAAAUGGCUGGCUCGAAAGAGACGGAGAUGAUAUAAGUCAUGAGAAUACCUAUUUUCUUCCAGAAGAUUUGAGCAUGCGAAUGAUCGUUUGUACCCGUGACAUUUUGGAACCAUCACAUUAGUUUUGUCAAGCAUUUUGUUUAUUUAUUUUUCAAGCAA